GCAACAGGCAAGGGUCUAGUGCUCUUCGCUGGCUCAGUAAGGCACCUCGCUCCGGACUGCUCCCCACAGCUGAAUUCAGGGUAUAUGAAUUUGGAACCCCUGGCAUCCAUUGUAAAAUGGGUUUAGAAGACUGCAUCAUCAAGAAACACCACUUGGUCCCUUUGCCUGUUGCCAAUGUUCCAGCUGACAGUCACCCCGGCAAGUGCCCUGGCGGAUGAGCCUGUGCACAUCCAAGCAACGGGCCUGCCCCCACUGCAGAUGGUGACCCUCAUAGCGACCAUGAAGGAUGACAAGGGGAAUCUCUACCGGUCCCGAGCUUUCUACAGGGCUAACGAGGCUGGGGAGCUGGACCUGAAGCGAGAUCCUGCCGUGGGGGGCCACUACAUGGGGGUCCAUCCGAUGGGCCUUAUCUGGUCCCUGCAAUCCGAGAGGCCUUUUGCCAGGCUAAUUAAGAGGGAUGUGAUGAACACACCCUUCUGGAUCACUCUGGAUCUAUAUGACUCAGUUUACAUACACAAGGUAGGCGAUGUUCAGCCCAAGGCCAGCCAGGUGCUGCAGCGCUGGUUCUCCAGCCCUAACCUGGAGCGGGUGCCUAUCCGAGAAGGCCGAGUGAGAGCAGCCCUGUUCCUGCCUCCAGGGGAAGGCCCAUUUCCAGGACUCCUUGAUUUGUUAGGGGGCAUCGGGGGUCUUGUUGAAUAUCGGGCCAGUCUUUUGGCUGCCCGUGGAUUUGCAGUGCUGGCUUUAGCAUAUUUUGCCUAUGAUGACCUGCCCAAUCAGUUGGAGGAGGUGGACCUGGAAUAUUUUGAGGAGGCUGCCAACUUGCUACUAGCUCAUCCCAAGGUCCAAAAGCCGGGAAUUGGAGUGAUAUCUGUGAGCAAAGGUGCAGAGAUCGGGCUGGCCAUGGCCUGCUACCUCAAGCAGGUGGCAGCCACUGUCUGCAUCAAUGGGACCAAUGCCAUCCAUGAAUUUCCGCUCAGGUACAAGGAUCUGGUCAUAGCCCCCAUCCCCUCGUACCCAGAGCGCAUGCAGGUCAAAGUCGAGGGCGCUGUGCGCAUCCGCCACUUCAAGGGCGACCCCCGAGAUGAACGGAAUCAACAUAGUGUGCUUCCUGUUGAAAAGGCCCGGGGCCCAAUCCUCUUCGUCGUAGGCGAGGCUGACGAAUGCUUCAAUAGCAAGGAAUACGCUGAGCAGGCGCUGGAGCAGCUGCGGAGGCACGGGAAAAGCAGCGGAAGGAUGCUGGCCUACCCUGGGGCGGGCCACCUGCUGGAGCCGCACUACGGGCCCCUGUGCUAUAUGUCCUGGAGCCGUGGCCUCUUCCUCCCCAUGCUCUGGGGCGGCGACCCUGAGGGCCACGCCGCAGCCCAGGAGCACUCCUGGCAAGAGAUCCUGAAAUUCUUCAGGCAACACCUUGUUCUGAGCAGAAGCACACUCUAAGGGGGAUGAUGGGGUGGGGAGACCAGGGGAAAAAAAAAAAAAAAAAGAAUCAGGCAGGGCUAUGGGUGAGGGAAGGGGCUCUCUUGAUUUCUCUAGAUUCACAGUCAUCUUGAGUCAACUGGAAGGAAAUUGGACAAAAUCAAAGAAAUCAGAUGCAUCUGAACUAUUUCUGAUAAAAUUGUAUGUGUUUUGUAAAUCUUUGUAAAUUGAAUCUUAGUUGAUAUGCACCAGGGUACGUUGCUCCUUCAAAAUUUUGACGCCCUUGACCAUUGAACAACCUUUUGUAUCCCGACUGGGGAGACCGUGGGUCCGGGUAUUGCCAAUCUAGAUGAAUUUCCUGGAACGCUGAGGUCCCUUGUGAAGUCAUAUUCUGCUUAAACUGUUCUGAGUUGAACUUGACAUUUGAUUUGGAAAGUUCCGAUACCUUAUGUGCUUCUGGAGCAUUUAGUGACUAAAUGAGUUAUAUUUAAAGUGAUUACAGGAGUGCCUGGCACAUAGUGAUUUCAGUAUCAGAGUUAUCUAUUAUCAUUUCCAUAAUGCUUUUCUCCUUCAAUCUGUUAAUAUGGUGAAUUGUAUUCAUUGACACACUAAUUUUUCUUAUUCAUCUAAUUCUACUAGGUCAGUUUCUCAUCUUGACUAGUUUGGGUUUUAAAAUUAAAAAAAUUUUUGGCGCUAACCUAGUCAUUUAUAUUUUCUAAGAAUUUCAUCUCUAUUUUCCGGAACACAUUUCUCUCUAUCUCUCUCUCUUUUUAACAUAUCAACUGUCGUUUUAUUUGCAUGCUUUUGCCUUUUACUUUGAAUCCGACUUGCUAAAUAUUUGUCUAUUUUAUUGAUCUUUUCCUGGAACAGCUUUUGGGUUGUUUAUGGGUCAAAUCUAAUUUUUCCUGAUUCAUCAACUUCUGCUUCUUUGAAAUAAGUUUAUUCUUUCUGUCAUAUUUGUGUUUUUCUGGCUUUUUGAUAUACAAUAUUCUCAUUUUGUUAAUGUCUAAGUAGUUUGUGAUUUACUCCCUGCCCCUCCCUUAAACCCAAGAGUCCUUUUACAGAAGUACCAAGUAUCAUCCUGUAGUUAACUUGUUCUUUAAAAGGGAAUCUCACUUUGUAUUGGAGGGGUCAGAUUGUCACCCUCGGAAUGCACUGAUCAAACUUAGUGUCUCUAAAAAUGGUCAACUUGAAAUAACAUGUUUCAUGAUGAGAUGUAAUGUGGAGUGCCCAGCACUUCUUAGAACUCUUCUAACAACACUAGUAAGCUUGAAGUUUUAAUGUCAAGCUUUAAAUCCAGUCCUUAGAUCAAACUUCUUACUAAUGUGGUAGCUAGUGAAAAAGAUAAAUGGUACUACAAGGAGACAGCCAUAGAUUGUUAUCAUUCUAUGAUCUGAUCUCUUCAUAAGUUAAUUACCAACUGACCUGGUCUCUUUUCAUAAGUUAAUUGCAUGGAAAUUUUUGGAAAUUUUCACUUUGUAGGAUUUUGUUUUUCUUUAUGCAUUGGAGUGAGCUGGAGAAUUAUUCACAAUUAAAAGGGACUUGAGAGGCAUAUCAACCAAAUGCUGUGUGUGGGACGGGUUUGAACAAAAUAACUGUAAAAAGAUUUUUGAGGGGUAACUAGAGAAAUAUGAAUAUGACUGGAUAGUAAACAAUACCAUGAAAUCGUUAUCUUGUUAGGUGUCAGAAUGGUAUUGGGGUUAUGUAAAAAAGUAACUUUUUAGAGACGGAUAUUGACAUAUUUAGAGGUGAAGAGUCACAAUAUCUGGGAAUCAUUUUAAAGUACCUAAGCAUAUGGAAAAUGUGAGAAAUUAUUAUAUCUAGAUGAUGCAUAUACUGAGGUUUGUUUUCUCUAAUGUAUGCUUGCAAAUUU